ACGAGAACUUAAUGACGAACGAGGAGAAAUGUACAAGACUCAAAGUGAAAAUGCGCAGCGUUUAGUCAACUUGAACGAGCAGUUAAGAACACGAGAGGAAAAAGACAAGAAACAAACCGAGCAGUAAUAUGAUAAUUGAAAAUCUAUCCGCUAGCGUAAAAAGUCUUUCUGCCAGAUGUGAUUUACAAGUACACCAAUUACGUGAAAAAGAUGUUACAAUUCAGAUCCUUCAAGAUGAAUUAGCUGCUUUACAACUCGAGAUUCAUACCACAGAAGAAAAGAGUAAGAGACUUGUGCUUGAAAAUCAACAAUUAGUGGAGCGUUGGAUCAAUAAAAUGAACGAGGAAGCCGAAAAGAUGAACGAGGCCACCCAAUUUUAUGAGACUGCGCUGGAACAAGCAAGAGACGCUGCGGAUAAGCAAAAGAGACAAUCGGCUAGAAGACGGGACGGAUCUUCUGCGGAAUCAACAAAAAAUAUACCCUAUUCAUCCAUUGUAUUACCCAAAAAAGUGUAUAAAAAGAUUAAUAUCCACGAAGCAGAGAUUCAUUGUAUUGCUGCAUCUUCCUGUGGAUCCAUGUUUGCUACGGGCGGUGCGGAUAAAAAGAUUAAAUUAUUGGAUGCAAGGACAGGUCAUACAUUACAAACAUUGAAUGGUGCUUUACAAACAAUCACGUCUAUCUCGUUUAAUGCCACGGAUGAAAUGGUUUUGGGAUCCGGGACAGAUAAUGCAACCCGAAUUUGGAGUCUUUCAACACAUCGAUUACGGCAUACAUUGACAGGACAUAUUGGCAAAGUCUAUUCAGCAAAAUUUACCGCUGAUUCAAACAGAGUAGUAUCUGGAAGUCAUGAUCGUACAUUAAAAGUAUGGGAUCUUCAAAGGGGAAGCACUAUUCGAACCAUCUUUACAUUUUCAAGCUGUAACGAUAUUUGUUUAAUGGAUGCCGAUGGACAGACUUUGAUUAGUGGACAUUUGGAUAAUAAUAUUCGGUUAUGGGAUGCUCGAACAGGCGCAGCCAUAAAAGAAUUGACAGGUGUUCAUUCUGGCCAGAUUACUUCAGUUAGCAUGUCACCAGAUGGGAAUUUAUUAUUGACAAACUCGAGAGAUAACACAUUAAAAAUUAUUGAUAUUCGAAUGUACGAUAUCAUCAAAUCAUUCCAGUCGGACACAUAUCGAAAUGGCCUCAAUUGGUCACGAUCUACAUUCAGUCCUGAUGGAAAAUAUGUAGCAGCAGGUUCCACGAGUGGAGGUAUACAUAUCUGGAAUGCCAGAACGGGUAAAGUGGAGAGAGAGAUCUCAGAGCAUAGUUCUGUUGUAUGCGGUGUUGCUUGGAAUCCCAAUGGAGAUUAUUUAUAUUCUGCAGAGAAAAAUAAGGCUGUGUGUAUGUGGGAUACCUCAAAAUAAAAAGAAAUUAUUUCGGCUAGCCAUGACCAAGACAAUAAAUUCCUUUUUCAGGAAACAACCAUCUUAUGUGAAAAAAAAAAGAGAAUAAAAAAUGAAGUGUAUCAAGUGACCCUAUUCAGGGCCUACCGAGGUAUAACAUGUGAAUAUACCCCUUGUUU